CUGACAUAAAAGCAUAACUAGUUCAAAGUGUUGUCAUUGUGCGAAGUACAUCGGCGAGACAAUUAUCAACUAACUGGAACUUUAAUUUUUUUGGAAAAAGGAUUUUAUAAAAAUGAAAUCUUUGAAGUUUUUUUUUGCAAUCAUCAUUGCCAUCGGUUGGUCUAUGGUAUCCACAGCCAAUGAUAUCUCCUUGGAAUUUCCUAAUUAUGGGAAUGAAUCAAUUGGACAACUUUGCAAGAAUGAAAUGAUUUCUUUAAAUUUUUCAAACGGAAUGAUCAUCUCUAUUGAUCAGAAUUUUAUCAGUAGUCCUUUGAUUACUUGUCUCAACUUCGCCGGCACUCAUAUCCAGAACAUCAGAAAGGGCGCCUUCGACAAACUUCCUAAUUUGACUCAACUGAUUUUUUCAAACAAUAAUAUCGACUUGAAUAAGCUUUUUGACUUUGGAGGUCACGAAAACUUAGAAAUUCUUAUUCUAGAUAAUGUAAUUAAGAAUAAUGUUCCCAUAUCAUCUGCAGUUAUUUCCGGAGAAUAUCCUAAUUUAGAGAUCUUAUCUGUUCGUAAAAAUCUCAUCAACAACUUAAAAAUUAUUACAGAAACUCGAGUCUCCGAUUCCAAUUUCGAUAUAUCAAAGUCAUUCUCGCAGAUUAUAUCAAAAAUCCCAUUUCCAAAAUUGAAGAUUCUAGAUCUUUCCGAUAAUCGCUUAACAGGUACCAAUUUUAUGGAACUAUUGCCAAACAGUUUGUACUUUCUUGAUCUCCAAAAUAACUCAUUCACUUCUUUUGUCGUUGAUAAAAAACAAGUCAAUUUGUUGGCACUAAAUUUGAAUAAGAAUAAUCUGAAAUUUGUGAAAAAGUAUAAUGUUUCGCGUGAUCCAUCUUUAAACGAUCGGUAUAAUCGAGAAUAUAAUCAAAGAUAUAAUCAAUAUCCAUAUUAUAAUCAAUAUCAAUACAAUCAAGAUCCAUAUAAUCGGUACAAUUUGCGUAAUUUUGGUCUAGCGAUGGCCGGUCUGGAAAAUCUACAUUAUCUUUCCAUUUCCGAAAACGAAAUUGAUCAUAUUGAAUCAAACGCUUUCGAGGACAUUAACAAUUUAAUUUAUUUGAACUUAUCCAUAAAUAAAAUAACUCACUUGCAUUCAGAGACAUUUGAAAAAUUGCAGUCUUUGAGAUCGCUCGAUUUGAGUUUUAACAAACUCGAGAGUGUUCCGCAAAUCUCAAGUGAAGUAAUCAGCAUUUUGUCUCUUAAUUGUAACAAUAUUAAAAAGAAUCUAACUAUAAACAGUUUCGCAAAAAUGCCUAAGUUAAUGAAAUUGUUAUUGGGAGGAAAUCAGAUUGACGAGAUUAAUGUUCAAAUAUUUGCUAAUCUUUCGUUUUUAGAAAUAUUAGAUUUAUCGAGGAACAAAUUGAGUUUUCUACCGGAAGGAUUAAGUGAAUUUUUAAUAUCUUUAAAAUAUUUGAAUGUGGAAGAUAAUCAAUUUACUUCGUUAGAAUCUUUAUCACUGACAAGCGUGUCACCAUUAAUGAAGGUCUUUCUAGCGAUGAAUCCACUGGAAUAUUUAGAUGUUAGCUACUUCCAGAAUUUGCCACAGAAUCUUACAAUAAAUUUGCAGAGAUCGGAUUUUUCAUACUGGAAUUCCGAUAAAUGCGGACCAAAAAAAUAAUUUCUUAUAUGUAAUCAUCAUUAUUAAUAAUAAUUAUUAAUAAUCAUUAUUAAUAAUCAUUUAUAUUUAUAAUUUUUAUUAAAUAUUAGUUAAUCAUGUUAUAUGUUUUUUUUAUAAAUACGGAUAAUAUAUGUAAUACAAUAAUAAGUAGAAUAACAUAUAUAUAAGCAAAUAAAAAAUAAAAUAAAA